UCAGUUGCAGGCGGAACUGCAGAUCAACUUUUAGAGAGAUCCCACACCCUGUCCGGUUCCCCCCUGUAUCCUGCUGCUCGGCUCCUUUCAGCACCAUGUACCGGAUGCCUUGGAGCGGAGGGGAGCACGCUCCCGGUUUCUACGACAGCAGUUCGGUAUUGCGGAGGAAUUCCCUCUUGUACCCCGUCCCCGGAACCGCUGCAGCCCCAGCCUCCCAGACGCUCCCGGGGCCAGGCGGCCUGUUUGAAGACCAGCAAUUCCCUGCAGCCAACUCCUCUCUCCAUGGCCCGGCAGGGGUCUCGCAGUAUAACAUUGCCAUUACACGGUGGAUGAGGCCACGGGAAAUUUGUGCUAAUCCUCAGUUCAUUGUUGAUGGAGCCACCAGAACAGACAUCUGCCAGGGAGCUUUGGGUGACUGUUGGUUCCUGUCAGUCAUCGCUUGCCUCAGUCUCAAUCAGCAUGUGAUGGAACAGGUUAUACCCCCUGACCAGGGCUUUGGGGAAGGUUACACAGGCUGUUUCCGCUUUAAGUUCUGGCAGUAUGGGCAGUGGGUUGAAGUUGUGGUGGAUGAUCAAUUACCCACUAUUAACAAUAAGUUGGCGUUCCUUUAUUCCAAAGACAACAAUGAGUUCUGGAGCCCACUCCUGGAGAAAGCCUAUGCCAAGUUGAAGGGCUCCUAUGAGUCUCUCUACAUUGGCUACCCAUUAGAAGCAAUGGUUGAUCUCACUGGAGGAGCUCCUGAAUCAUUUCAGAUCAGUGAGAUGCCAAAAGAUCUCUGGAAAUUCCUGAGAAAGCUGCUUGAGAAAGGCUCAAUAAUUUGCUGUGCUAAACCGGGGCCAGUCGGUGUAUUAAAUGAACAAGGCAUCGUGACUGGGCAUGCGUAUUCAGUGACUGGUGUAGACCAGGUUCAGGUGAAGACCAAUAGAAUAGAGUUGGUGCGAGUUCGCAAUCCAUGGGGAAGAGUCGAGUGGAACGGGGCUUGGAGUGAUGGGUCUGCAGAGUGGAGCCAAGUCACUGACACAAACUGUAGGCAGAUGGUACACCUGGAAGAUGGAGAGUUUUGGAUGUCCAUUGAGGACUUCAAGAAGAACUUCGGGAAUGUGGAAAUUUGUCACUUGAGUCUGUCCCAGCUGUCCAACCCGGAUGGGAAGCUGAAACCCUGGGUGCAGAUGGUGUAUGAGGGGCGCUGGAUUCGAGGUUUCUCAGCUGGAGGCAACUUGUAUUACAAAGAUAAGUACUACUGGAUGAACCCACAGUUCAAACUCACCCUCUUUGAAGAAGAUGAUGAUCCUGAUGACCCUGAGGUGACCUGCACAUUCCUGGUGGCCUUGAUGCAGAAACACAGGCGCCGGAUGAGGCUUACAGGAGUCAACUUCCUGUAUAUUGGCUUUGAUAUCUUUAAGGGAAACCCCACAAAAGCUUUCUUGACUCAUGAGGAUUUACAGGAAAACCCACCAGUGCUCUCUGUAAAGGAGCACAAAAACAGCACUGAGGUCACAAUGCGAGGCUGUUUGCCACCAGGCCACUACGUGAUCAUCCCAUCGACCGCCAAUCCCAACGAAGAGGGGGAAUUCCUCUUGCGAGUCUUCACUGAGAAGGGUAACACGGCUGAGCCUGCAGAGAGAAACACCUUACCCAUGGAGAAUCCUCAGCGUCUACCAAACCUUGCACCCUGUCCACUUCCCUCUGCUGGAGAAUCCAAGGAACUGUUUGACAGGAUGUGUGGACCGGAUGAAGCUAUUUCAGCAUUGGAGCUACAGAAACUACUGAUAGAAAUCCUACAGAAAUCCGGUCUUAAUGAAAAAUGGGAUGGGUUUGGUCUGGAUGCCUGCAAGAGCCUCAUUUCGCUGACAGAUAGACAUGGAUUUGGAAAAAUUGGAUUCACAGAAUUCAGUAAUCUCUGGAGUAAAAUCUGCCAAUGGACGCGAGUCUUCAAUCAGUUCGAUAAGGAUGGAUCAGGGACCAUGAACAGCCAGGAAAUGUUCAGCGCCUUGCAAGCAGCAGGAUUCCAGGUGGAUGAGUUCUUGAUGCAGCUGAUCGGACUGAGGUACACAGACCCUGAUCUGACCUUCAGUUAUGUGACAUUCAUUUGCUGUCUGACAAAGCUGGACACAAUGAUCCGAUCAUUCAAAACUAUGGACAAGUUUGGAACAGGAGUGAUUAAUAUCACCUAUAAAGAGUGGCUCCAGAUGACUAUGUACAGCUAGGAUUUUACAACCUGUAUAGUCACUCAGCUGGAAAAGGAGCUCUCACUCAAGAUGGUUCAGAAUAGCUUUGGCUCUUGAGAGUCUGGUGGCAACCAUUCAGACUCAGACUUCCUGGUUAUAACAUCAAAUCGAUGACAAAUCCUCCAUGAAUCCAUUGUUAAUUGUUAGAAAAUCCAUCUGUUUCCCAGUGUCCUUUAGGGAAGGAAACUUGCUAUCUGACAUGUGACUCCAGACCCACAGCAAUAUAGUUGCUUCUUAAUUAUACUCUGGCAAUUAGAGAUGGAUAAUAAAUGCUAGCCUAGCCAGCGACGUCCUCAUCACAUGAAUGAAUUUUUUAAAAUCCUCAUUGAUUUCUGAUGUGUUUCUGUAGAUAGCUCAUUGAGACACUUACCACAAGAAAUUCCAGCACUGUCAGGAGCACUCAAAGUCAUUUACUCAUCUUUUCCCUGUAUUGAUGACUCAAUCCUUGAAAUGUCUUCUCAGAACUCCAACUUGCUGCCAGUUGACAAUAUGUUGCAUUUAUACAGAUAGGUGAUCAGUUAACUGGAAGUUAGUGAUAGAGUCAUAGAGAUGUACAGCACGGAAACAAAGCCUUCAGUCCAACUCGUCCAUGCUGACCAGAUAUCUCAACACAAUCUAGUCCCACCUGCCAGCACCCGGCCCAUAUCCCUCCAACCCUUCCUAUUCAUAUACCCCUCCAAAUGCCUUAUAAAUGUUGCAAUUGUACUAGACUCCACUGCUUCCUCUGGCAGCUCAUUCCAUGUAGUUCUGGAUUCCCCCAACCCAGGGAAAAGACUUUGUCUAUUUAUCCUAUCCAUGCCCCUCAUAAUUUUAUAAACCUCUAUGAGGUCACCCGUCAGCCUCUGACGCUCCAGGGAAAACAGCCCCAGCCUGUUAGUUAAGACAGCGAGUUGCAUAGUCUUUCUCAUCUAAGUCUGAAGAUGUGAAUUUAACUAACAUUCCAGAGAUUUGAGCAGAAACUCCAGACUGACAUUCCCAGUCCAUUAAGCUGCAAUGUCAAAAGUGCUGUUUUAGGGAUGGGACGUUAAGUAGAUGGCCUAAGUCUUUCAUAGCAAAGAACAGGGAAGUGCAUGCUGGUGUUCUUGCUAAUAUUUAUACCCCAACCAUCAUCACUAUUGGAAAACAUUACUUGGUCGUUAUUACAUUGUUGCACAAAUUGACAGACUGUCAUACUUCCUGCUUAACAGUGACCACAUUUCAAAAAGUAUCUCACUAGUUUCAAAACACUUUGCGAAACCUUAGGUUGUGAAAGGUACAACAAAAGCGCAAAUCUUUCUUACUUUUAAUUUGUUUUCUUGCACAGUUUCUGACCUUAAAAAUGUACUGCACUAUUGUGUUUGCUAUUCACUUCAGUCUCUCAGUUAAGGGUGAACCAGUAGGGAGAUGACAGGGUAGCAAUAAUUUCACUGGGCUAGUAAUCUAUAGACGCUCAGGGAGGAAACAAAAGCAGAAAACAGAUCAUCAGAACUGAUGAAGGUUCACUAGACCUGAAGCGCUAACUCUGCUCUCUCUCCACAGAUAUUGCCAGACCUGCUGAAUUUCUCAAACAAUUUCUGUUUUUGUUUCAGAUCUCCUACAUUUGCAGUUUUUUGUUUUACUUUGGUGCUCUGGGGACAUGGUUUCAGGUUUAAGUUUGUUUAACAAAUCGGUGAUUAAAAGCCUGUGUCAGUAAUGGUAAAAAUGGAACUGUUGUUGAUUGUCAUGGAAACCCAUCUGAUUCACUGAUGUUCUUCAGGGGAAAAUCUGCCAUCCUUAAUGUGGUAAUUUUUAAUUGCCUUCAAAUGGUGGAGGAAGUAGCGCAGUUCAAGGAUAAUUAGGGAUGGGUGACAAAGGAUGGUCUUGCUAGCAACAUCCAUGUCCCAAUUUUUUAAAAAUCCCAAUAUCUAUAAUAAAAAUAAAAAGCUACACUUUUGAUGUUCCAAUGAAAGAUCAUCUCAACCUGAAUUGUUAACUCAAUUUCUCUGCACAGAUGUUGCAGACCAGUCCGAGUAUUUUAGCAACCAAAGUAUUUUGUUUUUGUACUUUCCUGUAUGUGUUAUUUUCCACAUAGCCAAUGACUGCUUACAAUUUUAGUGGGUUAAAAAUGGCAGCAAUUUAAAGUAAAAACCACAGGAAAUUAACCAAUUCUCACCUCGCAGUUUUAAGAGUUUAUUUAAAUAUAAAACCUGUAGCUCAUUUGGAAUUGUUCAUUUGUUUGAUUUUUUUUGCACACUGUAAU